UCUGUUCCAUUCCACAGGGAGGGAGAGAGCGAGAGAGAAAAUGAGAGGAAUACUGUUUUGCCACACUCUUGUUGAUUUGUUUCAGUGAGAGAGGCGGUGUGCCGAGCAGCUAGUUAUUACAGUGAGAGAGGCGGUGUGCCGAGCAGCUAGUUGUUACAGUGAGAGAGGCGGUGUGCCGAGCAGCUAGUUGUUACAGUGAGAGAAGCGGUGUGCUCAGCAGCUAGUUGUUACAGUGAGAGAGGCGGUGUGCCGAGCAGCUAGUUGUUACAGUGAGAGAGGCGGUGUGCUGAGCAGCUAGUUGUUACAGUGAGAUAGGCGGUGUGCCGAGCAGCUAGUUGUUACAGUGAGAGAGGCGGUGUGCCGAGCAGCUAGUUGUUACAGUGAGAGAAGCGGUGUGCUGAGCAGCUAGUUGUUACAGUGAGAUAGGCGGUGUGCUGAGCAGCUAGUUGUUACAGUGAGAGAGGCGGUGUGCUGAGCAGCUAGUUGUUACAGUGAGAGAGGCGGUGUGCUGAGCAGCUAGUUGUUACAGUGAGAGAGGCGGUGUGCUGAGCAGCUAGUUGUUACAGUGAGAGAGGCGGUGUGCUGAGCAGCUAGUUGCUACAGUGAGAUAGGCGGUGUGCUGAGCAGCUAGUUGUUACAGUGAGAGAGGCGGUGUGCCGAGCAGCUAGUUGUUACAGUGAGCGAGAGAGAACACUAGAGGGAUCUCCUCCUGUUGUGUUCUGUUUAACACACCUGGCUGUGCCAGUCUUCUGGGUUCUGAUUACUCCUGGUCAGUGGGCCCAACUGAGCGGGGUCAGUGCCAGCUGGCCUGGAUGGCACGCCGGUGAUGCCACAGACUGUGGACUCUGCAAUAGCCGACGCGAUAAUCAACCUGUCAGUGUCCAGUAAAAGCACCAUGGAGAACGGGGACAUGGUCAAAGGCGUGCUGACCAAUGGCCGGGACUCUCAGAAGCAGACGGUCAUGUCCCUCACCAACGCACAGUCACAGGCUCUGCUGCAACAGUUGACCUUGUCUCCAGCGCAGCAGCAGCUGUUUCUCCAGCAGGCUCAGGCCCAGCUCCUUGCAGCAGCCGUUCAGCAGCACUCCGCCAGCCAGGCCCAGAACAGCAGCACCACGGGGGCCGCCAUCUCUGCCUCCGCAGCCACCCCCAUCACCACCCAACUACCACUGUCCCAGCCUAUACACAUCACUCCUCUCCAGCAGCAGGGCCUGCAGCAGUUUGUGUUGGUCCAGCCAGGUCAUUCCAUGGCCACCCAGCUACAGCCUCAGUUCUUCAUCUCCCAGACUCCACAGGGACAGCCCAGUAUGUUUCAGUAUCAUAAUCUUUUGCAAGCCCAAAAUCUUCUCACUCAACUACCUCAGAGCCAAGCCAACCUCCUACAGACUCCAACUAUCACAAUUGCCCCACAGCCGGCCGCUCCCACGCGGACCGUAACUGCCACCCCUGGCCAGCUCCUCAUCCACAGCCAGACCCCGCCCCCUAAGGGUCUGGGCACGCCCACUCUGGAGGAUGCCAAUGAUCUGGAGGAGCUGGAGAUUUUCUCCAAGGCCUUCAAACAGAGGAGGAUCAGACUGGGCUUUACACAGGGUGACGUGGGGCUGGCCAUGGGGAAGCUGUAUGGUAAUGACUUCAGCCAGACCACCAUCUCCCGCUUUGAAGCACUCAACCUGAGCUUCAAGAACAUGUGUAAGCUGAAACCGCUGCUGGAGAAGUGGCUCAACGACGCAGAGAAUGUGAGCUCAGAGUCCAGCCCCAGCCUCAGUCCCCUGGGCUCUGGUCACGGGUCACCCAGCCUGGCGUCUGACCUCAAUAGCCGGCGCCGCAAGAAGAGGACCAGCAUCGACACCAACAUCCGUGUGGCCCUGGAGAAGAGCUUCCUCCAGCAAAACCAGAAGCCGUCGUCAGACGAGAUCUCCCUGAUAGCAGACCAGCUGAACAUGGAGAAGGAGGUGAUCCGGGUGUGGUUCUGUAACCGCCGGCAGAAGGAGAAGAGGAUCAACCCUCCCAGCAGCUCAGCUUUCCAGAAGUCCAUCUUCUCGUCCCCUACUACUGCCAGCCUGGUGAACACUGUACCCCAGACCACUGUGACUGUCACCCCCUCUCUGCCUGUCACCAGCUUCAGCCUCACAGACAGGACCCUGGUGCCAGCCACCGGCAACACAGCAUCCGUCAUCUCCAGCACCCCUACAGUCCCCUCUAUGUCCCUCACACCCUCCUCCUCCGUGACAACCAUGUCACAGCCAGCCGUUACCAUGACGCAGGCGGGGCAAAUGCUCUACAGCAACGGCGGGGGUCUGGCUGCAAUGGCGGCUGCAGCGGCGGGAAUCAGCCCGGGUCUCAUGCCCUCGUCGCAGUUCAACACAGGGGGGGCCUUACUGAACCUAACUACUGCAGGUUUUGGAGGAGCACUAGCCACCAUCCAAGGUGUGUUGAGUGCUCUGGCCUCCAGCGGGUCCUUCCCCAUCACCACCCUGGACGGGAAUGGGAACCUGCUAUUUGCCAACACCAGCAUGUCUGGCUCCGCCCCCAGCAUGGUGAACACGCCACUCUUCCUGAACCCCCAGAGCCUGUCCUUAUUGGGUAGUAACCCUGUCAGCUUUAUCCCUGCCAGUGCCCUCAGCCUGCAACUCACCGCUGGCACCAACACCAUCACCACGGCAACUACACCAGUCAACACCAUCGUCAGAGCCUCUAAGGCCCAAUGAAUGAACUCGCGGGGCGGGUCGCUCCCCAUUUCUUCCUCUUCAUUGGUCGUUAUUUAAUCUUUGUUCUUUUUGCUACCACCAAAAAGUUGUUGUUGGAAAAAUAUUCUUAAGAUGUUUUCCUCCCUAUCUCUGCCACAAGGGGGCCUAACGGUCCUUUCAAAGAUUGAUUGAGAUUUGGCAAUAGAAUCUCUUUUUCCUCAGAACUGCUUCUAAAACCAAAAAUGUGCGUUUGAUUUUAUUUUGCUGAGUAUUGAAUGAAACUGACUUGGUUUAACUUCUAGAGAGAUCUCAUGAUGAUCUGUGUGUUAGGUUCUCUAAUUUUAAGUUUUACCUGAGGGCGUGUUGUACAGGCCUGGACCGUUGACAUCAGAUUUACAACUAAAGAUUAGAUUUCUCUGCUUUUUUUCCCAUGUGACCUAAAAUGUUCUUUGUGCGGUUAGUUGUGUGCUCUGAUAUUUGCCGUUUGUACAUUUUUCAAAACUUUUAUUAAAAGUUUUGUUGCUUUAACAUGUUUUUCAACAUAGUUCCAACUCUUUAAAAAGAAUCACUAGGCCGUGAGAGAGCCUGGGUGCAGGCUUGCUAUGGAAGUGCUUUACUGCAGUCUCUGGGAAGAGUUACAAACAGCGGACUUCAAGAGAACUUGGAAUGUCCUUUAUCCAACCUUUUAUCCAACCAAAAAAUAUUAUAGAGCUAAGUCUAGUACACUAUUAUCAUCACCCUAGUGUAAUGUAGCGUAGGGAUUUAUCUAAUGGACCUCUCCAGAGCAGGAGAGAUUAAUGCAAUAUUUUGAAGGGGACUUUCCAAAGACUAACAAAGAUGUUUCUCUCUGAUAUUCUCCUCCCUUAUGCCGAGGUCUAUAGAAGACAGGCAGCAUACCAAAAAGAGCGUCUGGAGAAGGUAGGGUAAGGUGUCAGUAGUAUAGUGGGGUUGCAUGGCCCAUACUGAAUCUGCCUUGGAUUACAUGAAUUCAAGAAGGUAUUUACAAGAGUAAUGAUCUUGAAGUAAUUCUCAGGACAGCCAUUUCCCAGUGAGUCACUGCAUGUACAAGUUAAAGGAGAUUGUCCAGGUCUGGCCUUCUCUGAGCUUAUUCUUUCUCGUAAAACCAAAUAUGCUGCCACUAGAGCCCCGGGUACUGCAUUCAGUACUGACUCAACAUAAUAUAUUGAAAUACCUCAGCAGCAAGAAAACAAUAUAGUCAAGCAAAACUGAAACCAUAAAUUCUAAGAAUGUAGAUAUGUUGACCUGUCUUUUUGUUGCUUUGCUGUACGUUUGAAAUGGUGACGACAGCAGAGAAUCAUAUCUUGAUACACAACAUGAGCUGACUCCACAUGCACUGUAACUGCAGUGUCCAGUACUACUGCUAUUAUUAUGUCAUAUAUUCACCCAAAUGGUACUUUAUUCUUGUCUGAUCAUAUAUACCAAAGCAUUAGCGUUCUCAUUUUGUAGCUGGUUUGAUGGGUAGAUCUUCUUUUCUUGGUGGUGUGUGUUUGUUCUGGGGGUUUCCUGCAAAGCCUUAUGGGAAAUGUAGUUGUAUCUCUGCUUGAGUCUUUUUGUUGUGGGUUUGCUCUGCUAUAUUGAGAAGUUUUUGAAAUAUGUAUCCGAGGGCCAUUUUUACUUUACGUCUAGCGCUCGAUAUUCACAUGCAAGUAAUAUAUAUAUACAUGAAAUAUUCCUGUUUUCUAUCUGAACUAGUAGGUUCUUGUAAUUGAAUGUAGUGCAUUAUCUUUAACAUCCUCUGUAGGAUAGAAAUGUUUAAGUGUGACUCUGGACCAAAGUAAACCACAGGGUGUGGACUGAUCUGUUUCUGGCCUGUUGACUUGCAGUUUAAUGAUUUGAUUUGACAACUUUUAAAAUCCAUGAUUUUUUUUGUUUGACCUGGCAACAGAUACACAUACCAAACUGAGGAUAUAAACACAAAGUCCAAAUGCUUGUUUCCAUUAUGGUCCUCUUGUAACUAAGGAAAUGUACUGCGUUCUGUUUUUUACUUUUGUGUUGUGUGAUGUUUUAUCAAAAACAUGUAAAGCCAGAAGUUUUCACAA